AUGCCUUCCUCCCUCCUGCAGGAGUUCCUCAAGGUCUUCGAGCAGCUGCGGGAUGAGAUUGUGAACGAUGAGCUGCUGGCGGGCCAGCCCGAGGCGUCGAAGCAGUGGGUCAAGGAGAUGAUGGACUACAAUGUGCCGCUGGGCAAGCUCAACCGCGGCAUGGCGGUGCUGGAUGUGGUGCAGUCCCUGGCUGAGGCCAAGGGGGCUGCGCCCAGCGCCGAGGACGAGUUCCGGGCCAACGCCCUGGGCUGGUGCAUCGAGUUCCUGCAGGCUUACUUCCUGGUGGCCGACGACAUCAUGGACAGCAGCAUCACGCGGCGCGGGCAGCCCUGCUGGUACCGCCGGCCCGAGGUGGGCAUGGUGGCCAUCAACGACGGCAUCAUCCUGGAGGCCUGCAUCUUCCGCAUCCUCAAGAAGCACUUUGGCGCGCUGCCCUGCUACGUGCACCUGCUGGAGCUGUUCCACGAGGUGACCUUCAAGACGGCACACGGCCAGCUGCUGGACACAACCACCGCGCCCAUCGGCACGGUGGACCUGUCGCGCUACACCUUGGACACCUACCUGCGCAUCGUCACCUACAAGACAGCCUUCUACACCUUCUACCUGCCCGUGGCAUGCGGCCUGCGCCUGGCGGGCAUCACCGACCCCGCUGCCUACAAGCUGGCGGAGGACAUUUGCUUGCAGAUGGGGCGGUACUUCCAGAUCCAGGAUGACUACCUGGACUGCUUUGGCGACCCCGAGGUCAUCGGCAAGAUCGGCACCGACAUCCAGGACAACAAGUGCUCCUGGCUGGUGGUGCAGGCGCUGACGCGGGCCAGCGAGGAGCAGAAGGCGGCCAUUGAGGAGAGCUACGGCAAGGAUGAGGAGGCGGCGGUACAGCGGGUGAAGGAGGUGUACCGCCAGCUGGACCUGGAGGGCCUGUUCAAGAAGUACGAGCAGGACAGCCACGACCAGCUUGUGAAAACGAUCGAGGGGCAGGACCUGCUGCCACAGGGCGUGUUCACGAUGCUGCUCAAGAAGAUCUACAAGCGGCAGAAGUGAGGGGGCGUGCAAGCUGCAGCCGGUGGCGAGUGGCGACAGGCUGCUGCUGUUCCGGUGCCUCACAGCGCACCGCAGCACGCCGCUCAAAAUUUACCCUGUUUUUCCUGAACGAUUGCGAGAUUCUUUCCUGAUGAGAUUGCACCUGACUCUUGGCCCGCGGUGCUGAAACCGCCGGCGGCGGCUCCCCAGCUACUGCUUUGGCAAGCCCCUUGCUGCUGCUGCUGCUGUGGGAUUCAGCACAAGAUUUCAUGUGAAUGGCGCUUCACAU